AUGGAGAGGUCUACUACAACCACCACCACCACUAGCACCAUAACAACCACCAAAACUUCUCCACCGAAAACCUCAGCGAAUCGAAGAUAUAUCGGAGUUCGACAGAGGCCUUCGGGAAGAUGGGUUGCAGAGAUAAAAGAUUCGUCACAACACGUAAGAUUAUGGCUUGGAACAUUUGAUACACCAGAAGAAGCUGCUCGAGCUUAUGAUGAAGCAGCAAGAGCCUUACGAGGUGAUAACGCUCGAACAAAUUUUGCAGCGCCAUUACCGGUGUUGGAUUCAGAUGGCGGGUUAUUAUCAGCGGAUAAUAAUAGUUAUAAUAAAGGACUCAACUAUUCUUCACUGAGAGCCAAGUUAAGUAAGAAUAUUCAAAGCAUUAUGGCUAGAGCAGCUGAUAAUAAAUCAACUAAAAAUUCUAGAGUAGUCGAUCAAUUUACUUUUGCUAGUAUUUUUAAUUUUAGAAGUCCUCAAUAUCGGCAAGCUAAUAUUGAUAUGAAGAGUAGUAUUGGUAAAGCAGUUCAACCAAGUAUAAUAGUCCCUCAGAGUAUUCAUAGUAUACCGGUUAAUGAAGAGCCUCUAACUACCAAUUGGGAUAGUUCCUCAUCAAGAACUGUGUCGGACUCGAGUAAUGCUGGAUCAUCCUCUGAGCAGUGCAUCAGAUGGCUCUCAUCGUCUCCACCAAACGGAACUGGCCGUUAUGAUUCAGAUGGGUAUAUCAGUGAUCAACAGCAAGGGUUAUUUUUAGAUCACCCUCAAUUGAAUAUGAGUUGGAUGGAUAGUCCUGUGGCUGGUCCGAGUUUACCAGGACCUGGCGAAGAGAGUUUUAACUUGGCAUCGAGAAGUAAAAGGUUGAAGGUUUCAUCUUCUGUCAUGGUUCCUCCUACCUUUAGUGCAUCUAUAUGA